GGCUGUCAGGCUGAAAAAGAGAAGAAUGGGUUUUGUAAACCAAUGAUGAUGAGGAGGCUAUUUACGGAAACUCGUGCGAAUCAUUCAUAUUCCCUCCAUCCAUCAUCCACGAAACAGACUGUUUCAGAUUGUGUUGCUGUGUGGACCGCUGAGAGCUGAGAAGAGAUGGUCUCCGAGAGCUCCUUCUCCACUUCCCAUCGCUCUCCUACUCCCAAGUUCUGCAACUCCUUCACUACUCGUAUCUUCUCAGAUGUUGCUGGGGACAUUACAAUCGUGGUAGAUGGAGAGUCAUUUCUGCUGCACAAGUUUCCCCUGGUGUCACGAAGCGGAAAGAUUCGGAAAAUGGUUGCAGAAGCUAAGGAUUCAAAUACUUCUAAAUUGGAGCUCUUCAACUUACCAGGUGGCCCCCAGACAUUUGAACUUGCCAUGAAAUUCUGUUAUGGCAUGAACUUUGAGAUCACAAGUGCAAAUGUUGCACGUCUGCGAUGUGUUGCAGAAUACCUGGAAAUGUCUGAAGACUAUCGGGAUGAAAAUCUCAUUGAACGAACGGAGAUUUACCUAAAUGAGGUUGUGGUUCAAAGUCUUGAAAAAUCAGUGGAAGUCUUAUCCACCUGCGAGAUGCUACCUCCGGCCAUAGCAGAGGAGGUUGGAAUUCCAAGCAGAUGUGUGGAAGCAAUUGCUAUGAAUGCUUGCAAGGAACAACUAGUGUCGGGUUUGUCUAGGUUGGAGUGUGAUAGUGAAUCUACGGAGCUAAAGAGUGUUUGUCUUGAGUGGUGGAUUGAAGAUCUCUCAGUAUUGGGGAUUGAUUUCUAUCAUAGAGUUAUUUGUGCCAUGGGAAGAAUGGGUGUUCGAUCUGAUAGCAUUGUUGCAUCUUUACUUCAUUAUGCUCAAGCAUCAUUGAAAGAUACUGGAAAAUGGAAUCCGGCCAGGACCAAACCAACUUCUGGCAUGGUAGACAAUGACCAGAAGACAAUUGUGGAAACUCUUGUAAGUCUAAUACCAACACAGAAAAGUUAUUCCAUUCCACAGAGUUUUCUUUUUGGGAUGUUGAGGAUGUCUAUUAUGGUGGAUGCUACCAUUGCAUGCAAGCUUGAGCUCGAAAGAAGGAUAGCCCUUCGGUUGGAAAUGGUUUCACUUGAUGAAUUGCUUAUACCAUCUGUUCGGACUGGGGAUUCGUUAUUUGAUGUUGAUACCGUCCAUCGGAUAUUGGUGAAUUUCCUGCAGCGGAUUGAAGAUGAAGACAAUGAAGAAUGUGGGUAUGAAUCAGAAGGCCUUGGUUCUCCAAACCAUGGUUCUCUGUUGAAAGUAGGACGGCUUAUUGAUGCAUAUCUAGCAGAAAUUGCUCCUGAUCCUUAUUUGAGUUUACAAAAAUUCACUGCUAUUAUUGAGAUACUGCCUGAUUAUGCUCGUGUCAUAGAUGAUGGGCUUUACAGGGCAAUUGAUAUUUAUUUGAAGACUCAUGCAAUGCUAACCGAAAAUGAAUGCAAGAAGCUCUGCAAGUUCAUAGACUGCCAAAAGCUCUCUCAAGAAGCAUGCAAUCAUGCUGCACAGAAUGACCGACUCCCCGUACAAAUGUCAGUGCGAGUCCUCUAUUCUGAGCAGCUCCGUUUGAAGAAUGCUUUGUCCGGAAGUUCUGGAGAUGGAUUUCCGUCACAGAGAAUUAGCAGUGGUAUCCCCAGUGCUGCCAUGUCCCCUCGAGAUAAUUAUGCUUCUCUAAGGAGAGAGAACCGAGAACUAAAGCUUGAGAUUUCAAGAAUGAGAAUGAGACUGAGCGAGUUGGAGAAGGAACAGAUGUUUAUGAAACAAGGGAUGAUUGAUAAAACAGGGAAUGGAAAAACUUUCUUGACCUCACUCUCUAAGGGGAUCGGAAGGAUUGGAAUCUUUAGCGGUACAGCAGGAGGAAAGCGGCAGAAAUCCGGUCGGAAGUCUCGCGACGGCAAAACUGGUAGGAGUAGGAGGCAUUCAGUUUCCUAGCUUUCAUGUUAAAUUGAUUUACAGUUCUUGAAAGGGAACCAAAGGCUUUUUGACUGUAUAUGAGUUCAUGUUUCUAUGAUUUUGAAGAACACAUCUCCUUUAGCUAAAUAUGAUUAUGUAGCACUGAUAGAGGAGCAAUGGGGCUGUCCAAAUUGACACCAAAGGUACUUGUAUCCAACAUCUCAUAUACACAUCAAAUGCCCAUAUGUCAUGAUAA